GAGUGUAUAGAGGAGGUGGUGGGGUCUCCUAUCCCUGACAGACAGCGGUCCAGACUGUUCAGGUCUACCUCUGAGAGUUCAGAUGAGCUGUCAGAACUAGACCUGUCCCACGGCAAGAAGGACGCCUUCGUACUGAGGUAUGGUUGGCUGUGUAUUGAUGACACUGAUGCAGUAGAGGACAUCCAAUCCCUUCUCACUGAUGCCCCCAUGCCUGCAGGGUUUUACAGCUGUAACACAGAGGUCAUGCCUGGGAUUUACAACUGGACUUCAGGGCUACAGAUGUUUACAUCUGUCAGGGUCUACAGACUCAAUAAUGCCAAUCUGACCAACCAGGGCCUCAACAAGAUCUUCACUGACCUCUGUGAGAAUUUACUCAAGAGUCUAUACUUUAAGUUACGUUCCAUGAUCCCCUGCUGUCUAUGCCAUCUCAACUUCACUGUAGCCGUACCAGAGGAAGAACUCAUACAGGUGGCGGUGACAGCUGUAGCCAUGAGUUUUGACAAGGAGACUCAGCUGGCAGCCGACAAGGCUCUUAACAAGGGGAGUGGUGAGAAUGAAGAGCAGCUACAGUUUUCUAUGGAGCUGUGUGGAGAGAGUCAACGUCCUCCAACAACCAGCCUACAGCCAAACCUUCAGGACGAUAUUGUCAAAUACUUGGGAAUCAUCAACAUGUUCUUCAUUAGAGACCACGUCACUCGAGAGGAGGGGGGUGUAAGUGGGUUCCUGCAUUCCUUCAUAGCGGAGGUGUUUGCCAUGGUCCGUGCCCAUGUAGCAGCUCUGGGGGGCAACGCCGUAGUGUCAUACAGCAUGAAGGAGUGUGUCUUCAUGGAAAACCCCAACAAGAACCAGGCUCAGUGUCUGAUUAAUGUUAGUGGUGAUGCUGUCAUCUUUGUCAGAGAAUCAGACCAGGAGGCCAUACCCCCUCUGAUUACUAGCGGACAGACCAGCACCACUGGGGCUGAUGGGACCACAUGACACACACACACACACACUUGAGUCUAGCCAUCCAAAUAAUUGUGAUUUAUGUCUGCCAUAAACAGACUAGUUGAUGGAGAAAUUGUCUCUUAAUUGUCCAUUUAGAGGCAUUAUGUAAUGUCUGUCUGUCUGAUAUAAUAGACAUUCCAAUACAUGGUGAAGUUUUAGGCAGCUAAAAGACUGAUUGCUCUCCAUCCAGACUCAGCAGUCACUAGCCAGCCAUUCUAAAGUGUACAGGGUAGUCAUUAGUAGACAGCCAUGGUAAAGAGUACCAUACUCAGUACAGCAGGGUUUCCCAAUAGGCAGCCCGUGGGCCAAAUUCGACCCGUGUGGUUUUAUUUUGCCCACUCAAGAUUUUGGAGCAAAAAAAAACAUGGUUUUAUAUCAUUUUUGUUCUUUGACAUAAGACUGUAAAAUCACCAGGAAAUUAGCUCCAAGUGAUUUUAAUUUAGGAAAUCUGUUUCCAAGUAUUCCCACGCUUAGCUAUAGGCAUAUGUGAUCGUAUGUGUGAAAUUAUUGUUUUUGUGAAAUACUAUAUCUGUUUGGGAUUCUUGCGGUCAAUUUCCAGGGUACUAAUUAUUUAUAACUAUUUUCUGGACUCCCGACCAUCUGCUCAAGGAAAAGUAGGCCCACGACUUAAUAAUUUGGGGACCCCUGCAGUACAGGGUAGCCACUACUGAAGAUGGCCAUACUAGAGAACUAAAUUGAGUUUAAUUGUCUGUCACUGUAUGACAAUGUUUUUGGCAAACAUGCACACAAAUAUACACGCACCCUGUGGACAGCCUCCUGUCACACUCCUGGCUGUCCUGACUGCGGCCUCAACGGUGUCCAUACUACUGAACUCUCCUGUUUUUAACAAUCAUGUAAAUGCUGGAAAAUAAACUUAUUGCGAUGACCUCUUUUUGUUCAUAGCCUGGGUGCAACGAUAACUUUUAUUUGUGUAAAUGUACUCUAAAAUCUGAUUUUAGUAUUUUUAUAAAGUUAAAGUAUAUUAGUGGUGUCUAAUUUUGCAUGUCUAAUGAAGUCCUUGAAGUUUGAUUCAUUGUGUAAGAAGUAAGGCUACAUGAUGCGUUCUACUGUUAAUGAAUACAAUCUGUUUCUCUUUCUCUGUAAGACUUGAAUGUAAAUACAUAUAGAGUGUGUUACUUAGUGUCUAGCAGCAUGUAUCUACUAUUGCCAUGACUCUGUCAGCUUGUUGCCUGAGAUAAACAGUGCUGCACAAUAAACUGAACUACAGUGAAAAACA